UUAUUAUGUUUGGUGGACGGUCUAAGUAUUGAAUUGGCAUAUCAACCGAUACAAUGAUAACAAAUACUAUAAGACAAAAUUAGCAGCUCAACUGUACGUGGUCUCUGUCAUUAUUUAUAUUUAUAUGCAUUAAUCAUCCUUGAGAGUUUUCAAGUGAGCGAGAUUAAUUAAUUACUUAAUUACCAAAGGUGAAAGCAGUCGGCGCCGAUGAUGAUGGGAUGCGAUGUGAAUCACCAAAGAGUAAAAGGCAACGGCAUAUGGAUGCACGUAGCUGAGAAAGGAUCAGGGCCGUUGGUGCUGCUGCUCCAUGGCUUCCCGGAGACCUGGUUCUCUUGGCACCGUCAGAUGGAGUUCCUUGCCGGCCACGGCUACCACGCCGUCGCUCCCGAUUUGCGAGGUUUCGGCGACACCGAUGCCCCCCUCUCCCCUUCUUCUUACACUUGGCUCCACAUCGUCGGCGAUCUCAUUGCCCUGCUCGACCACUUCUCUGUCCAACAGGCGUAUGUGGUGGGGACGGACUGGGGAGCGGCUGCCGCGUGGCAGCUGAGCUUGCUGCGCCCCGACAGAGUCAAAGGAAUCGUAGCUCUUUCCGUUCCCUUCACUCCACGCUUUGCUAACGUUAAACCGCUCGAAGCAAUGAGGCAAAAGUACGGAGAUGACUUCUACGUCUGCCAGUUCCAGGAAGCAGGGAGGGCGGAGAGGGCGCUAGCGAGGUACGAUUGCGCGACGGUGAUGAAGAAGUUCCUGCUCAUCAACAAGACUGAGAUGGUCGUGGCGCCUCCAGGAACCGAAAUCAUCGAUUUCCUAGAAACGCCGUCGGUGACGCCGCCGUGGAUCACGGAGGAUGAGAUUCAGUUGCUCGCCGGCAAAUUCCAGGAGUCGGGCUUCACGGGCGGUUUCAACUAUUACCGAGCUCUAGACUUAAAUUGGGAGGUGGUAGCGGCGUGGCAAGGAUCGAAGAUCGGAGUUCCGGCGAAGUUGAUUGUGGGUGACAAGGAUAUGGGAUACAGAAGCGGCGGUACCAAAGAAUACAUUGAGAGCUCCGCCUUCAAAACCUUAGUCCCAGAUCAUGAGAUUGUCGUUCUUGAUGCUCAUCAUUUCAUCCAUCUAGAGAGGGCCCACCAAGUUUCCCACGAAAUUUUAUCCUUCAUUCUCAAACUCUCAUGACUCAGUAUCAUCCUCCUUUUUUUUCAAAAAAAGACUGUCUUGACUCGGUAGUACUAGCAUGUCUAGUUUGUUUUAUUCUCCAACGUAUUAUUUAUCGCAAACAAUGCAACUUUUACAUAUGAGAAUAUCACCAA